AUGGAGAGAAGCUCUGCUGACAUACACGAGGCGGACCUGGAUCAAGACCCAGAUCUUGAAGAAAAGCCUCGAAUUCCUCUCAAGGCCGCCAAGACGGCCACCGCAGAUCUCAAUGAGAACCUAGAUCUGUACACAACCAACAAGGAAACUACUAAAUCGAAGUCCAAUCCGUCCACCAAGUCGGUAGCCGCGACAAGAUCGUCCAAGAAAAAGAAGAUCAAGACCGCUCGGACGAAACUGAAGGCGCCGGAUUUGGGAUCGGGGGACGUGAAUAAGCCGAGAUCGACUAUCGCCAAAGCCAUGAUCGAGCAGGCUUACUAUCGGAAGAUCCUGAGCGAGCCACCGCUGCAGGACCCUGUCCUCGGGAUCAUACAGGUCCGCCAGAUCGGCGAUCUGACAGGCCCGAUAUCCAAGCCCAACAUCAGCACAGAUAUGCUGAAUGCGGUGAAGAUCUUGCUGGAUCUUCUCCAGGAGACCGGACUAGUACCAGGAGAAUUCGAUCUGGAUUCCCUUUUUGAGAUGGAACUGGGAGCUAUCCAAGCGGCGGCUCAAGAUCUCUACGAAUCGCUCAAGAUCUUGAGACAGAAAUGUGUGGAAAUCGGUGACAACGUAUUUACUACGGAAGGAAGAACCAGGAUCAAGAUCACGUUAGCGGGAUAUCUGGUGUUUAUUUUUGACAUUUGGAUCGGAGAUCUUUCGGGACAAAACGCGAUCCUGGGCAUGGAUUUCAUGGUCCCAGCCGGGGUACGGAUGGACCUAGCCGACGGAUCGAUGCGAUUACCCGACGAAGUUGGAACACCUCUUAAUGGUCGUAAGAGGCUGUAUGGCAAGAAGGUGAGAUCAGUGAUUCUCGAACGAAAUCUACGAAUCCCGGUUGGUCGGUCGGAAGAAACAGCGGCGAGGAUCAAAUUGUCGGCCACAGAGAAACUGUGGGUGACCAGAGGAGAACGAUGGGUACCGACAGUGAUGGAAGGUCCCGGUCAGAUCCGCUACCUGGUGAUCUCGAACAUUGGAGAAGAGAUCCUAUGGCUGGACCACCGUCUGGACGUUGGUAUGAUACUGGAUCAAGACAAAGUACCCCGAUCCCCAGGGUUCGUGUCCGUCGGGUCACGUCGCUACCGGGAAUGCCAGAAUCUGGCAUUGGAAUCGACGGUGGAUGCUCGAUCAGAGCCUCCUCAACUUAUAGAGGACCCUGCGGAGCCGGCAGUACAACGACCAACAAAUUCGAUCGAGGGCGGGAAUGGCGCACCUCAGAUCGAGGCAACGCUCCCUACCCCUGAAAUGUGCCAUCUAUCUACACCAACGACUAGCCCCGAUCCCGAUCGAUACCUGAGCGGCGAUGCUGGGGGCGGUGGGAUAAGUGAAAGCAUGCCGGGCCAGGUUACCGAUCGUUCUGGUACCAAAGACAACGCGCUAUAUGGAUUUCUGAAAAUCUCGCGAUCAGGCGACGCCGGGGCUACAACGGACGUGUUCCAGACAGGGAUCGCGGACGAUUCUGAUCGUGGGUCAGUGUUGGGACGGAGAUCAUACAUUGACGACAUCAUGAUCGCAGCAGAAUCGUGGGAUCAAAUGUGCCAAAGGGUGGAAGAUCUGUUAGAUGCUUGUGAUAAGUGGAAUCUAUCGAUCAGUGUGGCGAAGAGCUUCUGGGGCGUGGAUAAGUUCCUGGGUAGUUUGAAUUACUACAGUCGAUUCAUUAAAGACUACGCGAUCUACGCUUCGGUGCUAUCUGAACUACGUGAGGUGGAGUUCGCAGAACUGGAGAAACGAUCGGAUCUGAGGGAGAUCAUGGCCUUCAUCACCCUGAAAACCAAGAUCGCGACAACCCCAAUUCUCCGUCUCUUCGACGAGACGAGAACGCUGGUAGUUAUUGUAUUUGCCAGUGAUUGGGCGAUAUCCGCUUCGUUGACGCAAGAACACGACGGGAUCUACCAUCCGGUUGCGUUCGCCAGCCGCACCUUGAAGCCGAACGAGUUAAAUUACAAUGUGACCGAAAUGGAGGUGUUGGCAUUGCUGAGGAUCUUGGAUAUCAACUACAAUUUACUAGUAGGACGCGAGAUCCGGGUCCUAACGAGGCAUUCCACGUUAGCCUGGCUGUUCAAGUCGACAGGAUUACAGGGUCGCCUAGGGCAAUGGUCAGCCCUUCUGGCCCCGUGGACUCUCGAGAUCACGAAGUGCACGAAAGGCGAGGACGAGAUACUGGGGGCGAUCGCUGCCAGCAUCACCCCGAGGGCGAAGAUGGACGACGCUCUGACCGACAUCGCUCCCGGAAGGAACCUAAACGCCGGAUCCAAGCGCCGAUACCCACCUGCGAUCGUGUGGAGUCUCCCCGGAUGGAAGGUGGUCAAAGCUAGAUCGGGCUAUCUCGAGAGUCUCACCGUAAACGAGGCAGAAUAUAACGGCCUGAUCCCGGGACUCGACAUGCUAGAGAACCUAGAUCGCAAGCGCCUAGUGAUCUGCGAUGAAUUCAACUUAUUGAUCCGACAGAGAUACUGGAAUGGGAGCGCCGACAGUCUACGAAUGCCGUUUUGCAACGACAAGGCGGGAUCGAAGUCCACAGAGGGCCCUAAUACCAACGCUCACCACCCGAGCCUCUCGAGUAAGAUCGCCCGCGGAGUCACGCAAGAGAACCUGAUCCGGGAGAUGCGGGUCGAUCGGAUCAAGCGGGCUCAGGAGGAGGAAGUCUGGAUCGCAGGCAUGAAGAAGUAUCUGAAUGGAGCGAUCGCAGACCUCACGCAAGCAGAAGCAAGGUCGUACGGCAAAAUCGCUGGUGACUACGAGGUGGACGAACAGGAUCUACUCUUCUAUUGCCCUCCCACGCCGAGAUCGGGGGAGGAUCGCGAUCGGAAAACCGGUGAUCAGGGGCAAAUCAUCGGGGAAAUUGCAGGCGACGUACCGUUCCAGAUCAUUGCGAUGGAUCACAUACCGUCGCUGCCCAGAUCCCACAAGGGAAACUCUGAGUUAUUGAUCUGGGUCGAUCUGUUCACGGAAUACGUGAUCGCGAAGGCUAACUCGUCCCGGUCGGCCCAGACGGUCGCGGAAUCAUACGAAGAAUGUGUAUUUCGACGAUUCGGUGCCAGUGAGAUGAUCCGGCAUGAUCGAGAACCCGUCUUCAUAUCCGACUUCUUCCGGGAGUUUAACAAGAUCCUAGGCAAAUGGCAACAAGCCACGAUGGCGUAUCGGCCGCAAGCCAACGGGACCGCCGAGAGAAUGGUGCAGAUUGCGACCAGGGCGCUCAAGAUGUACGUCCGCGAGCUCGAUCAGAAGGAUUGGGUUGAGUAUGCCGAACGACUUACCUUCGCGAUCAUUACGGCCCACGAUCGGAUCCGAGGGGAUACCCCUCAUUAUCUGGGAUCCGAGAUCGACGUUAGAGGCUACACUGCCAGUCGGAUAUUGAGGGAAGCCAUUGCGGAUCGGGCCAGCCGACACAAUGAGGACGCCGGAUCGCACCAGAUCGAGGCUGUAUCUCGCGUCUGGUUGUACCUAGACCGGGGGAAGGUGGGAUACGCGUGGAAAUUGGCUCACCUGUGGCAUGGGCCAUUCCGGGUUGCUGAAAAGAUCAACGAGCUCAGCAUCAAGCUCGAUAUCGCGGGUACUGGGUACCAGAUCUUCCCAGUAGUUCACGUGUCGAAGCUGAAAUUGGUCAAGGACUUUUCGGAUCGGCCGCGAUUGGAACUCAUGGUGGACAAAUCGGAUCACCUCGAUUUCGAUGAGAUUCUGCUUCCGGAGGAUAGCCGGGUUCCAGACCUCGGCGCCGACUAG